CUGCAGCCCCGAUCCUGUAGCGCCACCUCUGCAGCGCUGUGAAGGGUCUGGUUGGGGAGGGUUCCAAAUCCUGUGCUUGGGGAACCCAACAGGACACUGGGCCAGAAGAAGAAGGUCACCUUGGGAACAUCACCGCCUAGAGACAUGCAGAGUCUCAGGUCUGAGCAGCUGCGGGGGCUGCUGGAGCCCGAGAGGACCAAGACGCUGCUGCCCCGGGAGAGCAGGGCCUGGGAGAAGCGAGCCGCCUUCGUCAAAGACUGGGUGGCGGUGAAGAUUGGGGCAUCCAUCUGUGACGGUGACAAGAAAGACCUGUCUUCUCAAGAGACCAGGCUUCCCCAGGAGUGGAAAGCGGUGGAAGACGAGUCCGAGGAGUCCCAGGGCUUCGUGGAGUGGCCAAGGGCCCCGCAGCAGACGACCUUACUCCUGGUCGUGUGUGGGCUCUUUUUGUUCCUGGUUUUAACAGGGAUGCCUAUGGUGUUCUACAUCUAACUCGUUUUGAAAGAGACGCCCUGGUCCUGCCAAGGAAUCAUCGAGAUGAUUUUUUUAAAAAUGCAUUUAUUUUUAGAGAGAGCGAUG